AUGACGAACAAACAAAUAUUAUCAUUUAAAAAAAAUCCAAAUUUAUGUGAAACAUCUACUGAAUAUCCUUCAUUAGGACGAUCUUUAGCUCCUCGUCAUCUAUGUACAUGUGUAAAACCGAAAAUUUCUGAAACAAUUCAUGUUGAAAAAUUAUCGAACAAGGAAGAUGUAAGUCAACAUCAUGAUCAACAUGAACAAAAUUCGAAAGAAAAUUCAAAAAAUGCUAGAGAACAAACAGAAUUAAUUAAAUUAUUUCAAUAUAAACAACAAGACGAACUUAAUGAUAAAUUAUAUAAAAAAUAUCGAUAUCCAUUAAGAAGAGCAAAGGGUAAUGAUGAUGAUGAUGAAGAAAAAGACAAUACAAAUUAA